CUUGGGAUAUCUGCUGGAAAAACUGACUGCAUUGCAGUCUGACUGCACAAAAAUAAGACUGGACAGUUGAUCCUGUGAGCGAUGGAUGAAGAUCUGAACAAGCCGAACACUCACAAUGGGAGCGUCUCGGGUGCAUUGGAAACCAAAAAGCACGAUCAGCCAAAAGCAGCAGUUCUGCAGAAGAAUGUGGGUCUCGUAAGUGGCAUCUGUCUGAUAGUGGGAACAAUGAUCGGCUCGGGGAUCUUCAUUUCUCCCAAAGCGGUUCUGGAGGGGACUGGAGCAGUGGGUCCAUGUCUGUGUGUGUGGGCGGCGUGUGGUGUGCUGGCUACGCUGGGGGCCCUCUGCUAUGCUGAACUAGGCACAAUGAUCAUGAAGUCUGGUGGAGAGUAUCCGUACCUGAUGGAGGGUUUUGGGCCAGUGCUGGCAUACCUAUAUUCCUGGAGCACGAUCAUCGUUUUAAAGCCUUCGUCAUUUGCCAUCAUCGCCCUGAGUUGUGCCGAAUACGCCUCCACACCGUUUUACCCAGGGUGCACUCCUCCUCAAGUGGUCACCAAGUGCCUGGCUGCAGCUUGUAUCUUAAUAAUUACAGUCGUCAACUGUCUGAGUGUGAAGCUGGCGUACAGAGUGCAGAACUUUUUCACAGCAGCCAAACUCUUGAUUAUUGUCAUCAUUGUGGUUUCAGGCAUCGUUCUGCUGGCUCAAGGCAAUACACAGAAUCUUAGAGACCCAUUUGCAGGGGCAACAACAUCAUUUGGAGCAAUUGGCCUUGCGUUUUACAAUGGACUAUGGGCUUAUGAUGGAUGGAAUCAGCUUAACUUCAUAACAGAAGAGCUGAAAAAUCCAUACAG